AAGCGGACACCGCGCUGCAAUCAUGGCCGAAAUCAAAUUCAAAUUAUACGAAAAUAUAUUUAUUGAAACCAACGUGCAGAACCCUGACUAUGACGGCGUGAUUCUCAUUUUGUAUCCUGAGGAGAAAAACGUCCCUAAACCACGGCAUAUUGGAAGCUUUCUCGAUAAAAUCGCAGCAAUAGAUAAGCACGUACAUAAAGCUGUAACAUUGUGGAAUUGUGACUAUGUCUCUGGAGGGAGGCUGAUUAUCAGUCCAACGGGAAAAAUUGGCCCUUAUAAUGACGCUAGAGUGCUCAGAGAUGCCGCUAAGAAAGGCAUGACAAGAGCUUUGGAGGCAGGAUGUCGAAAACCCCUUUUGGCUGUUCAGAACUUUGUUGAUUUUCCUGAAGGAGAACUUGUGUCGAUUCUGGGAGCACUAGAAGCACUGUACACUCCUCUACAGAUCCGCGAGAGAGACCCCACGAAUAACUUCAUAAGACUCGGCAUUCAUGCUCACGAAAAAGCAGACGAGAAGUUCGAAAAAGUGGUUAGGAAUGCUAUAGCUUUGGAGAAAGCGAGGAUUCUGACAAGAGACAUAGCUGGGGGUGAUCCUGAGAGAAUGGCUCCUGGAAAAAUAGUUGAGUACGUCAAAGACUCGUUCAGAGACGUCUCCAACGUUUCCAUAAAUGUCAUGGACGAUCCGAAGAAGAUACAGAAGGAGUAUCCUUUACUAGCUGCUGUGUCACGUGCUGCAAAUCACAUAGACAGACACCGGGCUAGAGUGCUUACCCUCGAAUACAAGCCGUCAGAUUUAGCCAGGGUUACGGAUACCUUAAUUUUAGUCGGCAAAGGAGUUACCUACGACACUGGUGGUGCUGAUGUUAAGAUCUCCGGACGCAUGGCAGGGAUUUCGAGGGACAAAAGCGGCGCUGCCGCAGUCGCUGGCUUUAUCAAAGCGUGUUCUAUCUUGAAACCACCACACUUGAAGGUCAUUGGUGUCCUUUGCCUUUGUCGAAACUCUAUCGGGGAAGAUUCUUACGUCGCUGACGAGUUGCUGGUUUCGAGGAGUGGGAAGACAGUCAGAGUGACUAAUACAGACGCGGAAGGCCGCUUCGCCAUGGCCGAUUCAGUUUUCAAGAUGUCAGAACUGGCAGAUAAGGAGCUGAAUCCACAUAUCUACACUAUCGCUACAUUGACAGGGCAUGCAAAACUGUGUUAUGGAAGCCAUUCUGCUGCGAUGGAUAAUCAUAGUGCAAGGAGUAUGAACCAUGCUACAAGGUUGCAGUUGAGUGGUACUCUUCUUGGAGAAGGCGUAGAAGUGUCUGUCGUCAGAAGCGAAGAUUUAGCUGUCAAUGUCGGAAAGUGCAAGGGAGAUGAUUUGAUACAAGUUGACAUGGAAGCGAAAGGCAGGAACCACCAGUUGGCAGCUGGUUUCCUGAUCAAAGUUGGAGGUUUGGAGGACAAGAACGUAAGAUAUACGCACUUGGACAUUGCAGGGUCGGCAGGUAUGCCCCCAGAAGAGCCAACUGCUGUCCCAAUACUGUCGUUGUGUCAUUUACAUAAGGUUUUGUUGUAGAUUAUAAGGAUUGUGUGGUUUUUGAAAGUGUCUUCUUAUAGCUAGUUCGGUUGGUGGAGCUCUGUUCCGGUUUCGGUUUUAGUAAUUUUUUUGUAACAUGUAAAGCAGCGGGAGGAUAAAAUAGCAUUUGCCCGGUCUAAUGGCACAUCUCGGACACUUCAUACAAAAAAAACAUUCUUACCGUGUGUCGUUUAAGUGCGAGUAAGACCCAGAUCGCGCGCUCCCAUUUAUUCCUUAGUGGGUAAUACUACGUAUAGAACGGCAACUCUUUGCUCCCCACCAGCUGAACUAGGGUUACCUCACCUCUUCUCGGACAUAGUUUAGUCUUCAAUCGUAUGGCGUCAGACGUCACACACACAGACGCGCGUGUACGAUAACGUUCAUGUGUAGUGUUUGUGUAAAACGAGAAUUUGUAUGAAGUGGUGUGCUGUAGCUUAGAAUAAGGAACAAUACUACUAAAGUAAGACUCAGAGGGGGUGACGUCGGUACCCGAUGCGAAUUGGUGCGGGGCGGAGUUACCGCUCUAUAUGUAGUAUUAUUUUUUAGUUUCUCUCUCUCUCUCUUUAUUUAAGAGCUGCGCUCUAGUCGGUGGAGUAAUCGCUUUCAAUACUCCAUAGAUAAGGCUGUAGAACGGUGGUUGCCCCAAUCGCCUUCCGUUCCGCAGUACACCGACCAAUUUCUCCAUCGAUGAUGUUCUAGAGCCCUACCAGAAUCCAUUUCUUCAGCCUCCAACCAGUACUGAUACCGCUUCUGCCCGGCAUCAGGGGUGCGUUUGAAGUAGCGGCGCCUACUCGCUGCGUCACAAGACCGUCAUAGAACCUAAGUAGCAUUUUAUAGGUUAGCCCAUCCCAGUGAGCUGCCCACUACGUUCUGCUAAUCCUGUCGCUGUUCGGUCGGGGACUGCUUAUUUUUAUAUCCACUAUCCGCCACCUGUGGACCCCGUAGACGGCCUACAGCUCAGCGUGCCUUUAGUCUAUGAGGCCCUUAUUUGUAUUUUUGGCAUAUUUUCAGAAAGUCCGCGGUUCUGCCUAGCCGUAUAGGGAUAAUAGGCGUGAGUUUAUGUAUGUGUCAAUAUGUUUUCAAAUAAUAUGUUAUCUAUAAUUAACAGUAUCUAAGUAUUAAAAAUUUAUCGAUUCUGAUAUGGGUGUAAUCAGUGAAGAGUCAUUCUCUGGAAUGUUCCCAGUUUGAGAACAUUCCCGGCAGUAAAAACGCGCAAAAUUUAUGUAAAAACAGCUUUAUUACCUAACCUUUAGACAGAUAAAACCAUAGUACAAGAAAGAACAAUUUGAAAAAGAAAAGCAGCCAGUGUCCUUUAUUCAAUUCAAUUCAAAUAAAUUGAAUUGAAUUUAUUACCUAACCUUUAGACAGAUAAGACCAGAGUACAAGAAAGAACAAUUUGAAAAAGAAAAGCAGCCAGUGUCCUUAAUUCAAUUCAUGUCCUUCAAUGUCCUUAAUUAAUUGAAUUUCAAUUCAAUUCAAUUGAAAUUUAAUUGAAUUGAAUUCAAUUCAAUUGAAUUGAAUUUAUUACCUAACCUUUAGAUAGAUAAGACCAGAGUACAAGAAAAAACAAUUUGAAAAAGAAAAGCAGCCAGUGUUCUUAAUUGAAUUGAAUUGAAUUUAUUACUUAUCCUUUAGACAGAUAAGACCAGAGUACAAGAAAUAAUAAUUUGAAAAAGAAAAGCAGCCAAUGUCCUUAAUUGAAUUGAAUUGAAUUUAUUACUUAUCCUUUAGACAGAUAAGACCAGAGUACAAGAAAGAACAAUUUGAAAAAGAAAAGCAGCCAGUGUCCUUAAUUGAAUUGAAUUGAAUUUAUUACUUAUCCUUUAGACAGAUAAGACCAGAGUACAAGAAAGAACAAUUUGAAAAAGAAAAGCAGCCAGUGUCCUUACUAUUAAACAUAAAAAAAAAUGGUUUUUACAACGGGAACAUUCCCACUUUGGGAAUAUUCCCGGGAACAGCACAUAACUGGGUGUAAUAUGAACUUUAUAAAAUGUUAUAACGAUUAAUUUCUGUCGAAAAUCUAAGAUAAGAUUAAGUAGCUAUUUCUCCAUAUAUGCUUUUUAUUUGAUGGCAAGUAAUUUAAAAAUAAGUUUUCUUUUUUUAUUUAAUAAAAGUGUCGAAAUCA